AUGAUUGUGAAACGGAACUUGAUAAGCACGUAUGUGUUGAAAUCUGAUAAGUACAAAAUGAAACAAGGCUCCAGCGAGCAACGAGCUGGGCAUCGCCAUGCUACAAGGCGCCAGAGAGUUGCAGCAAGGCACCGGCAGGCUGAGAAGAGAAAGCGGGCUGCCGUAGCAAGGCUUGAGCACACGGCAGCAACGCGUGAGCUCACUGCAGCAACGCGUGAGCUCACUGCAGCAAGGCGUGAGCUCACUGCAGCAAGGCGUGAGCACACGGCAGCAACGCGUGAGCACACGGCAGCAACGCGUGAGCUCACUGCAGCAACGCGUGAGCUCACUGCAGCAAGGCGUGAGCUCACUGCAGCAAGUCGUGAGCUCACUGCAGCAACGCGUGAGCUCACUGCAGCAACGCGUGAGCUCACUGCAGCAAGGCGUGAGCUCACUGCAGCAAGGCGUGAGCUCACUGCAGCAAGGCGUGAGCUCACUGCAGCAACGCGUGAGCUCACUGCAGCAACGCGUGAGCUCACUGCAACAACGCGUGAACUCACUGCAGCAACGCGUGAGCUCACUGCAGCAACGCGUGAGCUCACUGCAGCAACGCGUGAGCUCACUGCAGCAAGGCGUGAGCUCACUGCAGCAAGGCGUGAGCUCACUGCAGCAAGGCGUGAGCUCACUGCAGCAACGCGUGAGCUCACUGCAGCAACGCGUGAGCUCACUGCAGCAACGCGUGAGCUCACUGCAGCAACGAGUGAGCUCACUGCAGCAACGCGUGAGCUCACUGCAGCAACGCGUGAGCUCACUGCAGCAACGCGUGAGCUCACUGCAGCAACGCGUGAGCUUACUGCAGCAACGCGUGAGCUCACUGCAGCAACGCGUGAGCUCACUGCAGCAACGCGUGAGCUCACUGCAGCAACGCGUGAGCUCACUGCAGCAACGCGUGAGCUCACUGCAGCAACGCGUGAGCUCACUGCAGCAACGCGUGAGCUCACUGCAGCAACGCGUGAGCUCACUGCAGCAACGCGUGAGCUCACUGCAGCAACGCGUGAGCUCACUGCAGCAACGCGUGAGCUCACUGCAACAACGCGUGAGCUCACUGCAGCAACGCGUGAGCUCACUGCAGCAACGCGUGAGCUCACUGCAGCAACGCGUGAGCUCACUGCAGCAAGGCGUGAGCUCACUGCAGCAAGGCGUGAGCUCACUGCAGCAAGGCGUGAGCUCACUGCAGCAACGCGUGAGCUCACUGCAGCAACGCGUGAGCUCACUGCAGCAACGAGUGAGCUCACUGCAGCAACGCGUGAGCUCACUGCAGCAACGCGUGAGCUCACUGCAGCAACGCGUGAGCUCACUGCAGCAACGCGUGAGCUCACUGCAGCAAGGCGUGAGCUCACUGCAGCAAGUCGUGAGCUCACUGCAGCAAGGCGUGAGCUCACUGCAGCAAGGCGUGAGCACACGGCAGCAACGCGUGAGCACACGGCAGCAACGCGUGAGCUCACUGCAGCAACGCGUGAGCUCACUGCAGCAAGGCGUGAGCUCACUGCAGCAAGGCGUGAGCUCACUGCAGCAAGGCGUGAGCACACGGCAGCAACGCGUGAGCACACGGCAGCAAUGCGUGAGCUCACUGCAGCAACGCGUGAGCUCACUGCAGCAAGGCGUGAGCUCACUGCAGCAAGUCGUGAGCUCACUGCAGCAACGCGUGAGCUCACUGCAGCAACGCGUGAGCUCACUGCAUCAACGCGUGAGCUCACUGCAGCAACGCGUGAGCUCACUGCAGCAACGCGUGAGCUCACUGCAGCAACGCGUGAGCUCACUGCAGCAACGCGUGAGCUCACUGCAGCAACGCGUGAGCUCACUGCAGCAACGCGUGAGCUCACUGCAGCAACGCGUGAGCUCGCUGCAGCAACGCGUGAGCUCACUGCAGCAACGCGUGAGCUCACUGCAGCAAGGCGUGAGCUCACUGCAGCAACGCGUGAGCUCACUGCAGCAACGCGUGAGCUCGCUGCAGCAACGCGUGAGCUCACUGCAGCAACGCGUGAGCUCACUGCAGCAACGCGUGAGCUCACUGCAGCAAGGCGUGAGCUCACUGCAGCAACGCGUGAGCUCGCUGCAGCAACGCGUGAGCUCGCUGCAGCAACGCGUGAGCUCACUGCAGCAACGCGUGAGCUCACUGCAGCAACGCGUGAGCUCACUGCAGCAACGCGUGAACUCACUGCAGCAACGCGUGAGCUCACUGCAGCAACGCGUGAGCUCACUGCAGCAACGCGUGAGCUCACUGCAGCAACGCGUGAGCUCACUGCAGCAACGCGUGAGCUCACUGCAGCAACGCGUGAGCUCACUGCAGCAACGCGUGAGCUCACUGCAGCAACGCGUGAGCUCACUGCAGCAACGCGUGAGCUCACUGCAGCAACGCGUGAGCGUGCGCAAUAA